AUGUCAAUGUUCAUAUCAGCAGCUGAUCUCUCUUCGUCCGACUCUCAAUCCAGUUCCGACGAAGGUGAACAGGAUGUGGUUGCGAGUUCAAGCUACCAUGUGGGAGGUGCGACCCAGCCUUCUGCCAAUCCCACCAAUACGCCUCCCCUCAUAAGCAGGAGCUCGUCUUAUCGCCGUCAUGAGGUUCCAGAUGCAAAGGAUAUCCCAGAUAUCGAUACCGGGAGCCAUGCAAACAUGAUGACCGCUGCGUUGCUGGAGUUCUACUGCUUAAGCCGGGCUACAGAUAUCUUGAAUGCCCAGGAGGGCUCAGUUGGAAAUUAUACCCGUGAUUCUCCGGAAGUACAGUACUUGGGAAAACGGAUGUAUGCCUUUAAAUCACAGUUUUUAUCAUCACAUGGCGUGCUAGCCAGUGGUGUGGACAAGGAAGAGUUGGGAACGACAAGGCAAUACUACCGCGACAACCUCGAUUUACUUGGAGUAUCUGCCCUAGAGGGAUUGGAUCUGAACGAUCGCCAUGUGCAACAGUCGCCAGUAAGUACGACAAGGGACCUAGCUUUGACUACCAGGUCCUCAAACAUGCGCGUUCUCAAGGAGACUCCACCUGGAGGUUAUGUACACCACAUGGAUCAAAGACGAGAAAUACUAGGUCUCAAAGAAUUUUCCGGUGGAAGAAAUGUCACUCCUCUGGAAGAUAUUCGAUUGGAUGUCACGAAGUUGCCACAUCGAACAUUGCCGUUUACCGGAAGUUCUCCCGUGAGCCUCCCACUCUUCAGUUCUCAGCCACCGUCGCCCAUCAAUGCUAUGUCUCGCUACGCAACGGAAUUCUCUGAGGUCGGUAUCUUAGGUCGAGGCUCGUAUGGCGAGGUGUACCAUGUACAGAAUCACAUUGAUGGGCAAAAUUAUGCCGUGAAGAAGAUUCCGCUGAGCCAGAGACGGCUGGAGCAAUUGCAGUUUGGUGGUAAUCAACUUGAGACCAUCAUGAAAGAGAUCCGGACGCUGGCUCGACUGGAGCAUACCAACGUCGUUCGGUACUACGGUGCAUGGGUUGAGAAAGCGCACUUUUCGCAACGCGUUUCUAAUCGACCAACUUCUUUUGCGUCCAACAAUGGACAGACUGCGGCGUCUAACCAAGAACAAACUCAUAGUUACCUGCCCAGCCACGACCCAACGGACGACCAGAGCUAUGGGGUUAUAUUUGAGCAUUCCGAGAGUUCUGCGGCUGAAACGCAUUCAGAUUCAAUUAUCCAAUUCGAUGAAGAGAUUGAAUCUAUUACCCGUGGUUUCAGCGUCCCAUCCCAGGGUCAGUUGUCAACUUUUGGUGCAAAUGACAGCGAUAUUUUCACCGAUGGCCUAAGUCAUGGCGCCUCGAAAAUGCAGGUCCAACGAAGGGCCAGAGAUGGGACGAAUGACAUUGCUGUUGUCCUCCAUAUUCAGAUGUCACUACAUCCUACUUCACUCGGCUCUUACCUCAAUCCGCAGCAAAGUGAGAAAGAAAUACGGCGCCAUUGCUAUCACCUGGUGCCAUCCUUGAGGCUGAUGCUAAGCAUAAUCUCUGGCGUCGAGUAUAUCCACUCCAAAGGCAUCGUACAUCGUGAUCUCAAACCGGCGAACAUUUUUCUGUCAUCUCUAGAGAAUAGCAACUUAGAGAUAUGCGGUACAUGUCAAAAACAACCCGAAUCAGACUGCCGGUAUUACCAUCCUCGGAUUGGAGAUUUCGGCCUCGUUGCAGAUAUCUCACAUAUAGACGAUUGCUCUCUCAGGGGCUCUGUGUCAUCACAGAAUAUGAACCGUGUCGUUGGGACCGAAUUUUAUCGCCCACCUACGAACAGCAAUAGUCCCGGGAUAUCGGAGUCGGAUGAAUCUAUAACUGACGAGGAUUAUUACACUAUCGACGAGCGACUUGAUGUAUACGCCCUUGGGGUGAUUCUAUUUGAGCUCUUGUAUCGCCUGGGUACGAAAAUGGAACGCCAGAUGGUUCUAAGUGAAUUGACCCGGGGUAGGAGCUCCUCGGCUUCAAUUGACAUGGCCACACAAAGAACGAUCUUUCCGUCUGAUUUUGCAGAGAAAAUCGACAUGGGGCAGGUGCCGCUCGAGGAGGGAAUGACUGUUGCAGGUUCUAUAAUGACCUGCAUUAGAGGCAUGCUGGAGCCGCGUUCUAGACAGAGAUGGCGCUGCUCCCAUGUCAAGAAGCAUUUGGUGGGUAUUUUAAGCGCAUUAGAGAGGGCGUCGUGA